AUGGAGAACGCGCGUGUGUUGCGCUCGGGCAAGUCCACGCCCUCGCGGGAAGAGACGCCAUCGUCAGGGCAGACCACGACCCACGAGACCAACACAUGGAGCAGAGGCACCGGCGUUGAAGACACGACGGAGAGCAGCACGCGUACCGACGCUAGGGCCAAACUAAAUUCAGUACCCGCACAAAUCGACAACGUAGUCGAAAAUGUAGGAAGUGCGCCGGGCACUAUAGUUAACGUCCCCGGGGACAGAGCGAGCAGCAAAUUAUCCGCGUUGCAGGCCGAAUUAGAGCAUCACAACUCCGAACUAGCACGGGCUAGGGCGGCGUCCGCAGCUGCCAUGAGUCGGCUGGAAAUAGCUAGGAUAGAGCUAGGAGAAUCCACCGACGCGAACCAGCCACCCAGAUCGAAUAAAACCCGAGUUGAAGGCUGGAUCUCGGAGCAAUGUGUUAGGCCGUCAACAAGCGCUCAAAACCCGGGACGAGACCCGCGUCCGACCGAAAACAUCGAACCGCGCGCCGGUAACACGUCGCUUAGCGACAUGACAUUGCUAGCCAACGCGAUAGUUCAAGCGGUCAAUUCGAGUAGGUCGGAAGCGACGCCUAAAUUCAUUCAUGAGUUGCCCCACUUCGACGGAACAAUUACGGAGUGGAUGGCGUUUAAAUCCGUUUUUAAUGACACCGCGGAUAUGUUCUCGGACAUUCAAAAUGUAGCUAGGUUAAGAAAAGCAUUAAGAGGCGCGGCCCGCGAAACAGUUAGAGCUUUGCUAUACACAGUAUCGGACCCGUACGAAAUAAUAGAUACGCUAGAACGGCGAUACGGCAGGCCAGAACUACUUAUUCUCUCCGAAAUCGAAAACAUAAAACGUUUACCCCGUAUGACGGAAGACGGGCGCAAUGUUAGUAGUUUCGCGAGUAAAAUAUCAAACACGGUAGCGGCCAUAAAGUCACUUAACCAGCCACAAUAUUUGUAUUCUCCCGAGUUAGUGGGUCGAAUAGUCGACAAGUUAAAUAUUAUUUUAAAAUAUAAGUGGUACGAGUUCAAAUCUGAACGACCCGGAGCACCGGAGCUCGAAUUAAUGGCUAGAUUUUUAAAUAUUAUGGCGGAUCAGUGCGGCGCGAUGUUCGCGUACGAAACAGCUAGGGAGGAAAGGAGAGGCAAGAUGAAACCUCGCGCGGUAAACACGACUCGCACACGGACUCAUAGAUCGACGCGUUAUGAUAGCGAUAGUUCCUGUGAUAGAUCAGAUUGCGAAGUCACGUACGAGCCGCGUAAUACCGUAGCAGCCGCGUUCAAACCCUCAGCUAAAAAGGCCGAACCAUUCAGGCCGAAGCAUCGCACGCCGCGCCCCGCGACAGAGGCGCCACGCUCCGCGACGGAAGCGCCGUCAAACUCGUCCAAUAGAAAUAAUUGUCCCGUAUGUUCAGGCUCCCAUACGACUAUUAAUUGUGCAGAUUUUAUUAAACUUAGCGUAUCGGAGAGAUGGGACGCAGCUAAAAAUAGUAAACUUUGCUUUAGAUGUCUAAAUAACUCGCACGGGCGAACUUUCAGAUGUAAAUAUAUUCCGUGCGGCAUAAACGGUUGCGAAGCGUCUCAUAAUAAGCUAUUACACGGCAGCGGCAGUGCAGCGCCGCCCGCAAGCGGCAAUGUUAGCUCAAUAAAUCACGUUCGUGCGUCAAACACCUACCUCAAAGUAGUGCCGGUUGAGAUAAGUGGCCCAGUGGGCACCACCGCUACAUACGCCUUGCUGGACGAGGGCUCUACAUUGACCCUAGUUGAGCGUACGGUAGCGGACAGUGUAGCACCCAGGGGUCGCAGCCAGCUACUUAAGUUGGAAGGGGUAGGCGGUAACCAAAUUGACGACCCCGAAUCGUGCAACAUAUCGCUAACAAUCCGCGGCGCGUGUAGUCGAAAUCUAGAAAAAAUGAACGCAAGCACGAUUAGUAAUUUGAAUCUUACGCCGCAGUCCGUAAGCAAGGACCUAGUUAGACAGUGCAGCCACCUAGAGGAAUUAGAAGACGAACUGUGUUACGAGCAGGCUAAACCUACGAUACUCAUCGGCCAAGAUAACUGGCACUUAAUUACGUCUCGACAAUUACGUAUCGGAAAUAAGGGCCAGCCAGUGGCGUCGUUAACUAAAUUAGGAUGGGUCCUGCACGGGCAGGACGCAAGCUCGCGUAAUUUAAAUAAUAUUCAGUUCAUAAGUCAUGUAAGAACGUCGCAGUCCGAGGAUCCCGCGUUAGAAUUGAUAAGGAAUUAUUUUAGCAUAGAGUCGUUAGGUAUAGAGCCGCGUAAACCUAAAGCGGAUCCGGACGAGCGCGCGUUAACUGUUUUAAAUAGAACUUGCAAUAAAAUGAACGAUUGCGAUCGGUAUGAGUCAGGCUUAUUGUGGAAAACCGACAAUGAAGUAAUGCCGGACAAUAAGAAACAAGCUCUAAGCCGUCUGUACAAUCUAGAGAACAAAUUAGAUAAAAACUUAAACUUAAAAAUAGAGUAUUCGAAACAAGUAAAUAACUUGCUAAGUUCGGGUUACGCAGAACUAGUGAGCACCCCAGCCACAUCACCUCGCACCUGGUACUUACCUCAUUUUUCAGUGGUUCAUCCCCAAAAAGGUAAGGUGCGACUGGUUUUUGACGCUGCGGCUAAAUGUGGGGGAAAAUGCUUGAAUGAUGCGCUACUAACCGGGCCCGACUUAUUGCAGUCGCUUUUCGGCGUUUUAGUUAGGUUCCGCGAAGGAAAAAUAGCAGUAGUAGCAGACAUCAAAGAGAUGUUCUUACAAAUAAAAGUGAUUGAGUCGGAUCGCGACAGCCUUCGUUUUCUGUGGCGAGGCGACGAUAGAAACAUCCCCCCGCGAGAAUACCGUAUGACCUCGCUUAUUUUUGGGGCGGCCUCAUCGCCGUGCGUGGCCAUUCAUGUUAAAAAUAAAAACGCGCAAAACUUUAGUUCAGAGUACCCGAAGGUAGCUAAAGCUGCGGAACGGAACUUUUAUAUGGACGAUUACUUAGACUCAUUCAACGACGCGGACGAAGCCAGGCAAGCGGUCAAUGCCAUGUAUAGGAUUAACUUAGGCGCUUCGUUCGAGUUACGCGGUUGGGCGUCGAAUGUGCCCGAAGUAAUAAAAGACGUUUCCGAUAAGCGAAUUAGCGGCGCGACGACUUUAGGAAAAAGCGAUACAGAGAGGACUUUAGGUCUCAUUUGGAACCACGCUCGCGACACUCUAGGAUUUAACGUGAAUCUCAGAAACACGCCAUCUAAUGUAAUUUCAGGGGAAAUUUUACCCACCAAGAGGAAAUAUGGCGUAGUGGCGUAG